AUGUCCGCACUUGGCAAUCCUAUAGUUGAUAUGGAAGUUGCCGAGCCCCAAAACAACAUCUCCCGAGCCUCAGUAGCCGCUGAUGGCGGUGCUUCGAUUAGUACUGAAGCUGUGGUCCUCCACAAGAGCAUCCAAUCCUCUCUAGCAGCUCUGCAUGGCACAGUAAGCAUCACCCUCCCCUGCUCCCUCACAGCAUUCGGAAAAUCUCUCAAUAAGAACUUGUCCCCAGAAAUUCACCUCCUUAUCUUUGAUUACAUCGACAGUCCAGUGGCAUCAGCAUGUCUCGGGCUCACCUGUAAGGCCUUCUAUAAGAUCCACCGAGCGAGACGUGGAAGAGUUUCCCUCAGAGAUUAUAUUAUCUACGGGCCACCCGAGAAGGAUUGUCUCACAAACCUCGGACUGCUUCUCAAGAACUGUAUUCCCUCCCAUCUCGCGUUCGACUACAAGGACGGAAAGUUUGUCACUAGUACCACCCUUGCUAAGCACUUUAUUGCCCGGGAGGAUCACGAGCUUAGACUUACUGGGCUGCUCCGUUAUGCAGACAAUAAGAUCUCUGAGGGUGAGGCUCGCGAGGAGGAGUUUAAAUCAAUUCUCAAGGAAAAGGACCGGGAUGUGUUUGCUCGGGAUACAGGGAGCGAGAAUUGGAGCGCGAACAGGACGAGGCAUUCUCGGGAAGGUGGGGAUGAAUUGGAGGUGAAUUAGGUGCGUGAUGGAGGGG